AAAUCCGCGGCCAAAGUAAUCUUCUUCUCCCUUAUAUGGCUUCCUUCUCUGUUUUUCUUACUCUGUCUCGAUCCUCUCUGUUCUUGUUUGGUGUUACGAAAUUAACGAGUGACUAUUUGUUCAAGCUUUUGCUCAUUGGUGAUUCUGGUGUUGGAAAGUCAUGCUUGCUUCUAAGGUUUGCUAUGCCUAGAAAGCAAAAGACUUCGUCCUCUUCCUUGGAUAAAUCUGUCAAGAGUUUACAACAAUUGAGUCUCGAUGAUAAGAAGAAGAAUGAGAAGAAGAAGAUUAAGGAGAAGAAGCUUCACCUAGUUCUUGAUUUGGACCACACGCUAAUCCACUCGACUCUUGUUUCGCAACUUUCGAAAAAGGAGAAGUAUGUACUCGAACAAACUGAUUCAAGGCAAGAUCUAUGGAGAUUCAACAAAGGCCAUUCCAAUGAAUAUAUCAUUAAACUUCGACCUUUUGUUCCUGAAUUUCUAUUAGAAGCCAACAAGCGUUUCACAAUGCAUGUUUACACAAUGGGGUUAUCGAAUUACGCACAGACCGUGUUGAACUUGAUUGAUCCGGAUAAAGUAUACUUUGGCGAUCGAGUCAUAACCAGUAAAGAAAGUCCUAAUACUAAGACACUUGAUCUUGUUGUGGCUGAUAAGCGAAGAGUCGUAAUUGUGGAUGAUACGGUUGAUGUUUGGCCUAAUGACAAGAGCAGCUUGUUGCAGAUCACCAAGUAUGAAUAUUUCAGAGACGGUGAUGAUAACGCAAAGUUGAAAUCUUACGCAGAAAAGAAGAUAGAUGAGAGUCCAGAGAACGGAUCAUUGGCGAGUGUUCUGAAAUUUCUCCAAGAUAUUCACAGAAGAUUCGAAGAGGAGUUAGAUUCUGAAGACUUGAGGCUGUUGAUACAUGAUCGUUGCAGACAAGGCUGCUUCUGACUGUUCUGACUGAAUGUAUGUAUUUAGUCCACAAAGUUGCAUUCUUAAAGGUAUUUGUAAGGAAUCAUUUGAGUAGUUUUAGUUUAGUGUCAUGAUUUAGAUGACUAAAUACAACGAUUCUCAUUCC